AUCGAUGUGGCAAUGUAAAUUAGAAGCUAAAUUCGAGGCCUCGGAAACUGGUUUUAUAUUCAUUCAUUUAUUUUCUUUCUUCGUCUUUUAGUGAAAUGAAGAAGAAGAAGAAGCCCGAUGAUUCUGAAGAAGUCAAGCCAGUGGAAAAUGCAGAGAAAGCCGAGGCGUCCGUACCACAGAGCUGUCCACAAGGGGGCGCCGCCGCACAGCAGCCUGUAAAAAGAGGACAGAAGAGUAAAAUGAAGAAGAUGAAGGAAAAGUACAAGGACCAGGAUGAGGAAGAUCGAGAACUCAUAAUGCAGUUGCUGGGGUCUGCAGGGUCCAACAAGGAAGAGAAGAGCAAGAAAGGAAAGAAAGGAAAAACAAAGGAGGAACCUGCAAAGAAACAGCCGCAGAAGGGGAAGAAAGGGGGGACGGGACCUGCUGAGAUCUUCAUAACACAAGACGUACAAGACUUGACCUUGGAAGAGCAGCAGGAUGACAAGGACGAUGCAGACCCAGAUGCUCCAGGAUCAGAGGAAGCAGAAAAUCUACUGGAUUCCCUGACCGGGCAGCCCGAUCCAGAGGACGUCCUGCUCUUCUCUGUGCCCGUCUGUGCCCCGUACACCGCCAUGACCAGCUAUAAGUACAAGGUUAAAUUGACUCCAGGAACCCAAAAGAAAGGAAAAGCUGCUAAAACGGCCCUGAACAGUUUCAUGCAUUCCAAGGACGCGAGCGGCAGAGAGAAGGACUUACUGCGCAGUGUGAAGGACACCGACCUAUCGAGAAACAUGCCGGGAAAAGUGAAAGUGUCUGCACCGAAUCUACUGAGUGCAAAGAAGAAAUAACCUUGUCCUCGUCAGACUUCGCAUAUGUAAAUAUGGGGCGACGCAAGAUCCGCGCCAAAAUAUCUUGGGUGGGGAGGAAAAGUUCAGAGAUUGUCGGCUACAUUAUCACGAUGCUGCAAAUGGUUGAUUUAAUAGAAAAUCCUAGAAACGUGGCCAGGCUACAACAGCGCCCCCCAUCUCCUCAGGAUGUAUCUGAUAUUACAGCCGAGCUGUACAGAAGCAAACAGUUUGAGCUGCAAUACCAAUCUGUGAACAGGUGUGGCGCUGGUUUUAUUUUACUCCUGGACGAGCCCUUUGAGAGCUUAUACUAAUUGUAACCUGCUUGUAGUAGUUACUAUACUGCGCCACAACAGCUCUUGGGGUGGGAGGCAGAGACGGCUCAGUCCCCUACAUCAACUACUCCAACCCCCAACAGCUGUUGAUCUGACGCUAUUUGAAGCAAGUUCUAAUCCUAUUACACCCUAUGUACGUGUGUGCCCCGCCGGCGCACCCCCACAAAGCCUUCAUUCUCAAUGAUAUGCCAUGAUGAAUGUAAUUAU